UUGAGGUGUUAGUUUGUAUCCUGCCUUGUAUUCAGACCCUCCCCCUUUGGCACUGUGGAUUGGCCAUAGAAGGAAACUUCGCCUCGGAUCUGCUGUAUCUGUAGUCGAGCUUCACACGAACAGGCACCGAGAGCAGAGGAAUGAUACACGCCUUAACCAGGCUGUUCUGGGCCAAAAUCGCUUCAAAAUGACGUGUCAGUAUUGAAGCUUCUCAGUCUCAGGCUGUAAGCAGACCUGGAAUAACCAGUGGUAAAGUGUCAUUACAGACAUACAAAGCAGGUUUUCUUCUCUGCAAUAGCAGAGGAGAAACGGUGCUCCCACACACAGGCCACUGAUGAAGAGCAUGGAGAUGCUCCGUCGCUCAUCAGUGUUUGCAGCAGAAGUCAUGGAAGUGUUUGAUCGCUCCCCUACAGACAAAGAACUGGUCUCACAGUCAAAAAUGUUGUGCAGGGAGUACAUUCACUCAAGGCUAACUAGAGCUGGAAUUGUUUGCACCAAAUCUGAGUUUGGAUCUACAGGAGGAAUUCUCGGAGAAGUGUCCACUGUUCUUCUUUGGUUAGGUGAUGAGCUUGAAUACUUGCGACCCAACGUGUACCGCAAUGUAGCAAAGCAACUGAAUAUCACUGUGGCAUCAGAAGGGAUUGUUUCUGAUGCCUUUCUGGCUGUAGCUGCAGAAAUCUUCUCCACAGGGGUGACGUGGGGUAAGGUGGUCUCUCUGUAUGCUGUAGCUGGAGCACUGGCAGUGGACUGUGUCCGGCAUGGCUACCCAGCCAUGGUCCAUACCAUCGUAGACUGCAUGGGCGAGUUUGUUCGCAAGAGCCUGGUGUCCUGGUUAAAGAGGAGAGGAGGUUGGACUGACAUUACAAAGUGUGUAGUGAACACAGACCCCAGCUUUCAUUCUCAUUGGCUGGUGGCUGCAGCCUGCACGUGUGCACACUACCUGAAGGCCAUCGUCUUCUACCUGCUGAGGGAGAAGUGAAGGCACUACAGAGAGGCAUUGGACAUUGAGCCUCUCUUCUGUUUUUGGUGGAGAGAGCUGCCAUUUCACCGCUUCAACCUGUUACUGCUCUUAGUGUGUUGACACAUGCAGGAAAGUUGCACUGUGCCGUCAAAGAACAGCUCAGCACAGACAAAUGUUCAUUAAUGUCUUCAUGCAUGAACUUCAAGGUGCAGUAAGGAAGUUCAGUGGAUUGAUGUCUAUAGGUGAUGCUACAUAGUGGGCACAAACUGUGGGGAAUUUCCCCAUCAGAAACAGGAAGAGUGAUGUGUUUGUCAGCAGUGUGUUAUAUUCAAGCCAUACUGUCUAACCCUAAUCUGCACUAUCACAUAGUGACUCUUAUUAGUUUAUCCAUGUUUUUAGUGGACUGCACUGUUUUUUGAAUACACUUUAUUGAUAAUGACACCUUCUAAUACAUCAAGUGUUAUAAAAUGGGCAAGAUAGAAAGCAUUGCGUUUAUUUCUGCUUGAGUUUUUCUGACCAGAACGACUCUCUUAGAAAUAAUAUAUAUACGCGUGUGCACGUGUGUAUGAUCCAGUGAGAGAAAGAGAGGAUGGACAUAAAGUGAAAGAGAUUAAAAGGUAUGAAAGCAGUAAACAGAUCUGUCUUUUCAUUUCUUGGCCACUCUAAAUGGAACAAAAUGACGUAUCUGAGACCUUCAGUCGUCUAUAAAAAAAGAUCUAGUAAAGCCUAUAAGCACUUUGUCCUAAGCUUUCAACAAGGCUAAGGUGUAUCUUGUGUUUCUGUUUGUUGUCAUAACUCUGUCUGUGCUGUAAUAUAAAAGUUGCUCUAUGAACUUUGACUGCAUUACACAAUUGCUGAUAACUCUUUGUGUAUUAGAUGUUUAAAUAAUUCCUUUUUGAGGAAUAAAGCAUUGCUGAUGUGUGCACAUUGCCAAGCCACAAUGAAUGUCUGUAGAAUAAAUGCAAGUAAAUGGAGAAAUGGGUUGAGUAUUUCCAA